GACCACUUGACGCUAAAUAUUGGUACUUAUCUUAGGAUACGUAACCUCAAUAUUGAGGGUAUCACAAAAGCCAAAUGUGAGAUAUUAUCAAAAAUCAUGAUCAACAAUAAAGUGGAUGUCAUUGCCCUUCAGGAAACACACACAACUGACGAAGCCGAUUAG